UGACGACAGCAGAGGAUCGGAGCUGAGAGCUGAGACACUGCUGGAUUAUCACCAAGCCUCUCCAUCUGGACCUGGAUCUGCGAGAGCUGAGAGGAACGAGCCUGAGGAUGUCACGGACUCUAGCAGCGCUCUCUUUUGUUUUCUUUUUGUCCACACACGGAGCUUCAGGCUCCUACCCUCGAGCACAGAAUGUCACUUGGACGUCCACCAACUUCAAAACUAUUCUGUCCUGGGAACCCAAACCUUCAGCUGAUUACUCCUACACGGUGGAGUUCUCUAGGGCUGGUGGGGACAAACAGAGGAAUCUUCAUUGCAUCCGGUCUUCCUUUACAACGUGUGAUCUGUCCACCUCUUUGACUGACCUGAACGCCUGCUACACGGCUGACAUCCUGUCUGAACCCCCGAAGCUGGGAACCUCUGACAUGAUUGAGUUUCCCCACACCACCUCGUCUCAGUUCUGCCCCUACACAGACACUGAUAUAAGCAAACCUGACUUUAAGUUGAAGGUGAGCGAAGACAAAAAGAAAACCACCUUGUAUGUGACUGACCCGCUCACCGCCCUGUUUAAAGAUGGCCAGCAGCUGAAUAUCAGGGACAUCUUCUCUGAUCAGCUGCAGUAUAGAGUCACCUAUCGUAAAAACCAGAGCACCGGCAAAAAAGUGUACACCUCCAAGACCAGUGAGAUAGAGCUGUCUGAUCUUGAUCAAGGGGAGAGCUACUGCUUCAGUGUCCAAGCGUACAUUCCAAGUCGUAGUGUUGACAAGCAGCUGGGAGAGAUGAGCCAACCCCAGUGCUCCAACAACGACAACCCGUCCAUCUUUAAAGCUCUUACUUUGCCUCUCACACCACAUUACCAUCCACUUUAAAUGUGCAAAGAUAAUGAAGCCAAAAGUCAACAUUCCAUUGGAGCUUCAGGCUGGAUUCAACCCCGACUCCCACAAGCAGAAGUCCUCCACCCAGCACACUGCACCACCUGUGCACCAUUCUCACUGUAAACUUUGUUGCUAUUGAUGCUAUCCUAUGGAGAUAAGAUUGGCUAAAAUCUCAUGUCAUGGACUACAUUUUUUUUCUGAAGCUCAAAAAUAAAGCCAAGAAGAGGCACGAAAGUCAAAUUUCCUCAAAAAAAACAAAACAAAAACCAAAUACCAACAUGGUGAAAUGGUAGUAUGGGAUUUGUCUUUGACCAAGCUUUAACUUUGUCCAAUGAAAGAAACUGUAUGAGUUGUAUUUGCAGAAAUUUGUUAAAAGAUUAGACAAAUAAAUCCAUCUGUACACCACUUAAUCCUCAUCAGGGUCAUGGGGGGCUGGAGUCUAUCCCAGCUGACGUAGGGUGAAGUUUCACCUGGACAGGUAACAGUCUAUCACAGGGCUACACAUAGAGACAAACAAUCACACUCACAUUCACACCCAUGGAUAAUUUAGAAUCACCAAUUAACCUCAGCAUGUUUCUGGACUGUGGGAAGAAGCUGGAGAAUCUGGAAGUGUCAAAAACUAAAAAACACAGACUACAUAGUGCCACCAGGUGCUGCCUCUAAGAUGCCGUGGCUCCAGUACACACCCAUUCAAAACCCCAUUAUCAUCAGAGGUUGUCAUUUUUUUUAAAAUAGAGAGAACCCAUACAGACACAGGGAGAACAUGUAGACUCCACCCCAGGCCGAGAGUCAAACCCAGGACCUACAGUGCUGUACGGUAGCACUCUGUUCACCAAUAAACACACUAUAUAACUAAAAAACGAAAUGAUACUGUCUUGUUAUGCAAAUUCAGGUAAUAGAUGGACAAAAGGCAUUGUUUUCAAAGUUUGAUUGUGUGUGGUUCUAAAGAUAGAAAAAAUACAGCAUAAGUAUCAGUGUCAUAGCAUUAAUUACCCAAUAAAAAUGUGUAUUAGUCUAGAAUAGUUAAAUGAAACAGACUGAUUCAAUUAAAUCUAAGCAUUCCCUUUCAUACAUUAAUGAAAGAAAUGUUUCUGUGUUGCAUUGGAAAACCCAACUCUGGUGGCAGCCAGAAUGAACAGUUCUGAGGUCAACAGAGCCCUCUGGUGACCCGAUCGUGUAACUACCACUGAAAAUGCCCACAUGGUGAAACAUUGCAAAUGUAUUGAGAACAUGUGCAUAACUAUCAAAGGCCAGCCAAGUUAGCAAACGCUUAAGAUGAAGUCCUCAUGUUUAGGACAUGAUAGUUUACAGUUGUAACAAGGGUUAGGGGAAGGUUAGGUUGAGGUUAGGGUUAGGGUUAGGCAAGCAAUCAUCAUGGGUUUGGCAGGGCUCCAGAUAAUUGCUCUAAAUCAGUGUAACUUCCUCUGAAGUGGAAAAGUGUUUGUGUUUGUGGAAUAAGGCCUUUGAUUUUGAUUGUUUUGUGAAUACAUUGUUUGUAUUGAACAUCUUUGUUACUUACAGUCUGCCACAUGUGGAAAUCUGUACAGACUUAGACCAACAAAUGACCAAUCUCCCCCCAUUUUAGUAUGAAGCUGUUUGUUGAUGUCAUCCUGUUUUGU